UUGUUUUGCAGGGUGAACGUUGGCUGCGGGCCAGCGGAAGAAAGGGUGCUGUUGACGGGUUUGCACGCCGUGGCCGACAUCUACUGCGCAUGUUGCAAGACGACGCUCGGAUGGAAAUAUGAACACGCGUUUGAAUCCAGUCAAAAGUACAAGGAAGGCAAGUACAUCAUCGAGCUGGCUCACAUGAUCAAGGACAACGGCUGGGACCUGAAGAGAUGA